UGCACCCGUGGCUAGAAAGUAAAGCGUGAAGAGUCCCUGUCUCUGAAAUGCACAGGUGCAGUCACAAAAUGGGAUCGUUGCCAACAGCCUCUCAAAAUAUCCACAUUUAUUGCUGCCCGUUUCCUCUUUGUGGCACUCUUUCUUCCUUGACAAUCGUGCCAUGUUUUUGUAGUUCAGUAAAAGACGGUACGGCACAAUAUGUGGAGCCUCAAAACCCGACACAGAGUGAGAUUUUCAUGCAACAUACCGCACAUCUAUAGUUGGACAGAAGGCAUCAUAGUGCGUUUUACUGUAUUUCGAUGCCUUGUUAAUGUGACUAACAUAACUGAUGAUUGUUGUUGUGAGGCUGCAAAAGGCCCGGGAGGAUCAGCGCUGUGUUCAGGUGGAGAAAGUGAAGGUGGAGGAGGAGCUGAGGAAUGAGAUCAACACGGCCAAGCAGGAAGCCCAGCGUCUCCGAGAUCUCCGCCAGGGGACCGAGAACGAGAGAAGCCGUCAGAAGUAUGCCGAGGAAGAGCUGGAGCAGGUGAGGAUGGCGCUGAAAAAGGCCGAGAGGGAGCUGGAAUCGCGGGCUCACUGGUCGCCGCCGGACCUGCUGCAGACGUGGCUGCAGCUGACACACGAGAUAGAAGUUCAGUACUACAACAUCAAGAAGCAAAGUGCCGAGAGGCAGCUGCUGCAAGCAAGAGAGGGAGUGAGUAGAUGAGCACUCGAGGUCAGUGGUCCCC